GUCCGAUCCGAGCUGCCGCCUGCCGACAGGGUUUCUGUCCGUCGCCAUCCUCGCGCUCGCUUCCGUGCGCGACUCUGCGUGCCACACCGCUCGCUCCUUACUCUCGCCACCGUGCCGGCCCGGUCGUUCUUCAACCGUAUCUAUCGAUCCAUCAGGCAAUCCUUCCCUUCCGCGGACCCCUCCCUAUCCUACCCAAUCCGUACACACACUAGCCAACGGUACGCACGUACGCCUUAAGUUCAGCUCGAUCUUCUACGUGGCUAUCCCACACACGUGCUCCAACUUCAAGAUGAUGGCGCUCAUGGCUUCUCUUCAGCUCGAUUCUACCCUAGCAGUCCUCUGCCUCGCCUUCGUAGCCUCUUGCAUCUUCCUCGUUGCUAGAAGCCGCAAGGAUGGCGCACGCGGGUCACCGCCACCUUCGCCUCCGGCGCUGCCCGUCAUCGGCAACCUGCACCAGCUCGGCCGGGGCCGCCACCACCGGAGGCUGCAAGCCCUCGCGCGGAGCUACGGCCCGCUCUUCCUCCUCCGCCUCGGCUCCGUGCCCGCCGUCGUGGUCUCCUCCCCCUCCCUGGCCGAGGCCGUGCUCAAAACCCAGGACCACGCCUUCUGCAGCCGGCCGCAGCCGCGCACGGCCCGCGGCACGCUCUACGGCUGCCGUGACAUGGCCUUCAGCCCCUACGGCGAGCGGUGGCGCCAGCUCCGCCGCAUCGCCGUGCUGCACCUCCUCAGCGCGAAGCAGGUCGACUCCUUCCGCUCCCUCCGGCAGCAGGAGGUCAUGGGAUUCGUGGAACGGAUCCGCGCCGGCGCACGGGAGGGAGCAGUCAACGUGACCGAGCUCGUCAUCAGCCUCACCAACACCGUCAUCUCCAAGGCGGCGUUCGGGAACAGGCUCGGCGGCGUCGACCCAGGGGUGGUCCGCCACAUGAUGAAGGAGCUCACCGAGCUGCUCGGGACCAUCGCCGUUAGCGACGUGUUCCCGCGGCUCCGGUGGGUGGACUGGGCGACGGGGCUCGACGCGAGGAUCAGUCGGACGGCGGCUGAGCUCGACAGGGUCAUCGAGAAGACGCUCGCGGAGCACGAGGGGAGCCGAGGAAACGACGGUGAGGAGGUGCAUGACCUCCUGGACGGCUUGCUCUCGAUCUUCAAGGAUGGCGAUCAGGGGUUUAGGCUGGACCGGACUGAUGUCAAGGCGCUCAUCUUGGACAUGUUCAUAGGAGGCACGGACACGAUCUAUAAGGCGAUAGAAUGGACGAUGGCCGAGCUUGUUAAGAACCCAAGAGAAAUGGAAAAGGUGCAAGCAGAGGUGAGACAAGUUGCUGCCGGUACGCAGGGAGGAGUCCUUGAGGAGGAGCUGGAGACAAUGAGCCUCCUCCACGCUGCCAUGAAAGAGGCACUACGGCUACAUCCGCCCAUACCCCUCUUCCCGCACGAGUCGAUUCAGAACACCCGGCUGCACGGCUACGAUAUCCCAGCCAAGACCCGGAUCAUGAUCAACGCAUGGGCGAUCGGAAGGGACAGCGAGUCAUGGGAGGACGCCGAUGAGUUCCGGCCAGAGAGGUUCAUGGACAGGGCCAUGGACUACAAUGGCAAGGACCCCCGGUUCAUACCGUUCGGCGCGGGGAGGAGGGGAUGCCCCGGUAUCGCCUUUGGGAUGCGGCUGGCGGAGCUCACACUAGCUAACAUGAUGUACCAUUUCGAUUGGAUGUUGCCUGAGGGCCAGGACCCGGAGUCAUUUGAGGUCGUUGAGUCCAACGGCUUCGCACCUGCUCUUCAGUACCCUUUGAUCCUUGUCGCAAAACCUUUGUAAGCAUGCAUCGUGUCGACGAUGAAUGUAUCACCGAUCUUACUACCGUAUAUUAUAUUAUCGUUGUUUUGGCUAUGAUACCGAAGGCUCUAGGGUGAAGGAGAGAGCACUUCUUGGGAUGGGCUUACUUAUAGCGAGUCACGUAGAAGUAUCCACAGGGGGAGGGAGAGGGAGAGGGAGGUUGGAGCCCAGGGGAGCUCAUUGGAGACUAUGAAGACACAAGUUUGCGCAGUUUAAGCCCCCCCUCCCCCUUCCCCGAU